GGGUGUGUCUGGUAGUGUAGCCCCUCCCUCCUCUCACGCAGGUCCCGGAGGGUGUCGGAGCGGCUGAUGGCGGCGGCUCCCCCCGGGAAGAGCUCCGGCUGGCUGCAGGCUGAACUAGAGUCCGGCUCCGGCCUUCUCCUCCUAGACUGCCGCCCACACGAGCGCUACCAAUCCGGACACAUCGAGUCCGCCCUCAGCCUGUCCCUCCCCGGCCUUCUCCUCCGCCGCCUCCGGAGAGGAACUCUGUCCGCCCGCUCCGUCCUCCCCGCCCCCCUAUUCCGCCUGGAUCACCGGGAGCUCCUCCUCUAUGACGACACCACCCGGGAAGAGCCCGCCCCCUCCUCCGUCCUCGGCCUCCUACUGGCCAGACUGCGGGAGGACGGCUGCCCCGCCUACUACCUGAAAGGGGGUUACAGCAAGUUCCAGAGGGAAUACCCCGACCAUUGUGAGGCCGGCCUCGACAGCCCUUCCCCCACCGAUCCCACUCCAGAAUGCGUCAUCGGACUGGGGGGAUUGAGGAUCAGUUCCGAAGGUUCGGACGGCGAGUCUGACCGGGAGCCAAUCAGCGCGACCGAAUCGGAAGGCAGCCCCACCCUCAGCAACCAGUCGACUUUCCCCGUGCAGAUCCUGCCGUAUCUGUACCUCGGCUGCGCAAAAGAUUCCGCCAACCUGGAUAUUCUGGCGAAAUAUAACAUCAAAUACAUCCUGAAUGUCACCCCAAAUCUGCCCAACGCCUUCGAGAACAACGGGGAGUUCAAGUACAAGCAGAUCCCCAUCUCCGACCACUGGAGCCAGAACCUCGCCCAGUUCUUCCCCGAGGCCAUCUCCUUCAUCGAAGAAGCUCGGUCCAACAAAUGCGGGGUCCUGGUCCACUGCUUGGCCGGCAUCAGCCGCUCGGUGACGGUGACGGUGGCUUACCUCAUGCAGAAACUCAACCUGACCCUCAACGACGCCUACGACUUUGUGAAGAGGAAAAAGUCGAACAUCUCCCCAAACUUUAACUUCAUGGGGCAGCUGCUGGACUUCGAACGGACACUGGGACUGAAGAGCCCUUGUGAGCUCCGCCCCCAACAACCAACCGGCAACCAGCUCUACUUCACCACGCCCACCAACAACAACCUCUUCCAGCUGGACAGCCUGGAGAUCACAUGAUCCAAUCAGCAGGAGGUUUUCUACGGGAGUAUUGUGGGCGCGGCAUUAAUGAGCAUCAGGUCUGCAUGGAGUCUGUCUAUAUACAUUGUAUACCUAUCUAUAUACACCAUGUAGGUCGGUAUAUAUGGUAAUAAUGCAAAACUUGUGUGAUUGUAAGUAUUUCACUUUUCUUUUUCUUUUUUUUAUACAAAUAAUGAUCAGAGAAUUGUUCUUGAUCUUUGCACUUAACGUCAAAUCAGCAUUCCUCCAAUCAAAUCCUAAAAUUGCUGCAGGGUUCAAUCAACUUUAUUUGUCUUUUUUUAUUUUAUUUUUUAUUAAUUUUUAUAUUCUGCUUUAUUGUCGUUGUUGUUUUUUUUUUUU